CGCGUGGUGGAAAAUUUUGCAGUGUUUACAACAGAAAUAUAUAUUCAUUUUUCGAUGGCGGAUUGACCAGUUUAAAUGUGUCCAUGGCUUCCAGAGAUAAUUAUGGAAUUCACUUAUUUGCAGGAGGAAUUGGAGGGACAGUUGGGGCAGUUUUGACAUGUCCCCUUGAGGUUGUGAAAACACGACUUCAGUCUUCAUGUGCCAACUUCCAGCCAGUCUACAUACAGACAGUACCUGCUCCGAAUGUGGGCCUAGUCACUUCCUCAAACCUGAACUACAACUCGUGUCAUAGCCUGCAGAACAAAGUUCACACUACCUCACUCAAUCUGGCCCAGAGUAGAUCUGUUGGACUGUACUACUGUCUCAAGUACAUUAUACAGAAUGAAGGUCCAAUGGGAUUGUUCAAAGGACUUGGUCCUAAUCUAGUCGGAGUUGCACCUUCCAGGGCUAUUUAUUUCUUCUGCUAUGCAAACACCAAGCGACUUUUGAAUGCGAGAUGGAAUCCAGAUACACCUCUAGUCCACAUUUGCUCAGCUAUCACGGCAGGUAUGACAGCUUGCACGGCUACAAAUCCCAUUUGGCUGAUUAAAACAAGACUGCAACUUGACCAAAAAAAAAAUAACGCGUUAACGGUGCGCCAGUGUGUGAGAGACGUCUACCACAACCACGGGCUGAAGGGCUUCUACAAGGGCAUCACUGCUUCCUAUGUUGGAGUUACUGAGACUGUCAUACACUUUGUGAUAUAUGAGGCCGUUAAAGCCCACCUUCUAGAAAACAGUCUUUCAUCAAGCCAGUUGGGUGAUCGCAGUACCUCGGACUUUGUGCGUUUCAUGUUUGCUGGUGCCUGCUCAAAGACAUGUGCCACGUGUAUCGCUUACCCGCAUGAGGUUGUACGGACCCGAUUAAGACAGGAAGGGAACAAAUACCGAUCGUUUUUCCAGACUGUUGUCUUAAUUGCGAAGGAAGAGGGUUACCGGGGCCUAUACAGGGGCCUUGUCACGCAGCUUGUACGGCAAAUUCCAAACACAGCAACCAUGAUGGCAACCUAUGAACUGGUAGUUUACAUGUAUGAGAGAUGGCAGUUAACAAGCCAGACAUGACUCAUGUAAGACAGGCCUAGAUCCUGGCCAUCUUUCAAAUAAUCACCACUGACCAUUUUUCGCAUGUUCAGUGAUUCCGUAGAAAUAUCGAGGCUACAGGUGUAAGUGGAGACUCACUUCAAUCAUCUGAUUCUGAUGUGCUGUGGUGCUGAAAGUGUCAAGUUGUGAUACAUGAAUAAAGUUUGUCUCAUUUGAGGCGUCAGCCAAUCAGGACUCUCAAAUGAGCAAUGGCAUGAUGGGUAAAGUGACACAACCAAAUGUCAUUCAAGGACAAAGAUUUAGCUAUUUGGUGCAAAUUUGAAAGGAAAAUUUUAUAAACCAUUUUAUAAAGAAAAAGAAAAAUCAUUCUUGAUACAUUUAGUUUGAUUUGAAAUAUGAUAUCGCCUUUUGUUAUAAUAUCAUGUAAUUUUUUAAAUAUUCUGAUCUAGUUUAUUUUUAAUGACAGUAGUUUUUUCUUCAUCUGUUUGAUAUUUCAUAUUCUGUUGGUAUUUUUUCAUACUCUGUUGUUGUUUUUUAAACUAUAUAUAUUUUUUGGUCAGUAUCAGCAUGCAAAUGUUCAUUCUUUGGUUUUGUUUUUCUCUGCAAUUUGCGUCACUAAGCAUUUCCAUUGCUUCUGCCCUUGACAUGUUUCCAUCAAUCAUUCAAUGGCUUACACAUUGUUGAUUUGAGACCUGGGACAGUGUGGGGCAUUUAAUGCUAAGUUAUUUUAACAUAAGAUAUGCUAAGAACACUUUUUACAAUUCUUUGCUAAGAUACAUCAUUUAAAGAUUGAAUUAUAAAAGAUUGAAAUAUAAAGAUUAAAAGCUAUGCAAAUUUUCUUGCUGUUUUUAUCAUCAGUAAAUAACUAAUGAAAAUCAAACUAACUGUUUUGUAAAUGCAAAAAGUUAUUGUCCAGAUAGAAAAUGACUUCUGAUAAAUACCAAUGUUGUAACACCGAUAUGUUUGUGUUUGUGGAUAAAAACUUCAUAAUUUCUUGCACUGAACUAUCUGCAGCGGUUUCACCUUCACUGCAGAUUAUCGCCAUAAUGUGUAAAUGGUUGUGUGUAUCUUUAAUUUAGUAUUGAAGGCAACAGCAAACAAAUCCCUUUCAUUGUUGUGGCAUUCAGGAGACAGAACAUGAUUUUCCUGUAAGAAGUUGCGAGCACUUGUUUAAAGAUCUUUGUUUGAGAAAAGUUACAUAUCAAAAAGGUCUGUUACAUUUACAUUUUUCGUAAACUUAUGUAGAAAUUAAGUUAAUUUUAUCAAUAAUUAUCAAUUGUUUUAUAUCUUAUCUCGAGUAUUUGUGAUAAUUGUACAAAUGUUUCAGUCAUUGUGAUAAAAAUAUGAUUGUUGUCAUUGUAUGUUUGUGGAAAUGUGUUUUGUUUCUGUAUGUUUUGUAAAUAUUAGUCAUGUUCAUAGGUGUUUUAAGGUAUCUGAUUCACCACUAUGUGAAACUUGGAUACCUGUUCACCUCAUAUUAUGGUGGUAUAAUGUACGCGUAGAGAAAGAAGACGUAAAAUUUGUGGGUCAAGUACCUUAAUAUUUACUUAUUUCUAUUAAGUUGAUAUAAUGAAAUUCUGAUAUUAAAAACUGCUAUCCGGAUCUUUUUGAUUAGGAUCCCAUAAAUAUAUUUGACUUACUUGCUAAAAAAUGUGACCUUUUUGUUAGUAAGUGAUAACUUCAUAAACAAAAAACAACAAUUUGCUUCUGAGACAUGCAUCUUAUGCAUGUUUGCAUUUAAUGAUUGAUUGUACAUAGUGUAGAUAUUCAUGUUAUCACUGUUAACCUAAAAGGUCCACUAUUUCGCUAAUUUUAUAUUUGUAAAGCUUCUCCCUAAGUAGUAUUAACUGUUUUGUUUUCCUCAACAAAUGUAAAAUUACCAAGAUAUACUUAAUCUUAAAUUUUUAGUAAUCUGUACUUUAGAUUAUGCAAAUUUCAUGUUCUGAUAUCAUGUCUGUCUCUGAAAUAAUGUCUGUUUUCUGAAAUGACAAUCUCUCUGAAAUGAUGUCUGUUUCUGAAAUGUUAUCUGUUUCUGAAAUGAUGUCUGUUUCUAAAAUGACUUUGUUUCUGAAAUGACAUCUGUUUCUGAAAUUAUGUCUGUUUCUGAAAUGACAUCUGUUUCUGAAAUUAUGUCUGUUUCUAUGUCUGUUUCUGACAUGACAAAUCUUUCUGAAAUGACAUCUGUUUCUGAGAUGACAUCUGUUUCAGAAAUGACAUCUGUUUCUAAAAUGAUGUCUGGUUCUGUAAUGAUGCAUAUUUCUGAAAUGUUUCUGAAAUCACGCUUGUUUGUUACUUCAGUCACUAUAAGUAUUUCUUUAAGCUGUGUAAAUAACUUUUGCAGUUUGGUAUCCUUGUUGGGGAAAAUGCAAACAUUAUCUUGUUGAUUUGUUUUGUCAUGAUUCACAUACACUAUGCUAGGGACCAUGUGUGUAGUGUCGAAGCUGUCAUCCUUUUACAUAACCUGGGCAUGCCGACCUCAAUAUUGUCUUACAGUCUUAACAAUCUGAGUUCCUAAUGAAAUUAACCUUAACUCGUAUGUUCCACGGUUAUCACUGUACGAAUUCCCAUUAAAUUUGAAAAAAUAUUCCACUUAAAUUGAGAACAAUGUUAACUGUUGCAUGCAGUAAAAGGGUUUGCUUAUUACACAUGAUGGUGAAAAAACUAAUGAAAGGGGUUGUAAAAAGUCCCAGAAAAAAAUGUCAAAGAAAAAAUAAUAAAAUUCGAAAACAUU